AUGCUGAUUUCUCAAACAAACGAGUUGACUUAUAGACUGUCGUCUCUUAUUCCAAAAAUCAACGGUACUAAGCAAUAGUUCGAGAUAGUUGGGCUCAUUUUUUUAAUUUUCAGGAAUCAUUUCCUUCAAGCCUGUCAUUCUGUCUUUCCCAGCCGACUGGAUUAGCACCUCCGUUAUCUGCUUCGGCCUUUGCGAACUGAGCAUCCGCGUAGCGACUGCAGCACCCUUCUAAUGUACUUGCGUUUGCGAAAUAGGUGCAAAAACAGUAACAAAAAUUUUAGAUGACGUCAUUCCCAAUGAUGAGCACUGUUCAUCGCUGCCGAUCUCAUCGCACUUCCGUCGAGAAAGUUCGAGUACGUCACUAACAUUCCAAGUCUCAGCAACUCGUUAUUGUGUUUUCAGAUGAUAGACAUCGUCGAGGAAAUGCUUCAACCUCCAAAACUGGUCAUUCCAGAGGUGAACACGAUUUCGUUGAUGGCAACGGCCACGGAUGGAGUUCAAGCUCAAGAUCAAGCUCAGACACCAUCGCCGACCCCUCAGACCACACCCACUCUGGUGUUCGCGCCUAUUCCACAAAUGCCUUCACCGUCAGUAGUAGAUGCUCUGAAGCCAAUUAAGCCGAUUUGCCGGCCGAUUGUUGGUAUGUCACUUGGUUGAGUCACAUUUAAUAACGCAAGACUUCCAGGAAUACUUCGCAAAGACAGCUUCCUGUCAAAUGUUGGAUUCAUCAUGCCAAGUCAGCUUAAAAACUAAUCAAUUUGCGUUUGUUCAUUUUCAUUUUUCUUCACAUUUCCACUAAAAAUGCAUGUGUUUCUCGUAUUCACUGUAGGAGAAAUAAAAAUUUUAGUUGUUAGCUGGCGCUCAAAAGUGAAAAUGAAAACGCACAGGAAAUGCAAUUCAACUCAACUGGAAAUAAUUUAAACCAGUAGACUAUACAAUUCUUCUUCCACCUUUUUGCACAACUCGAAAAUUCUUGACACUUACACCGACCGCCCCUACUCCUUUCCCUAACUCGACUAUUACAAUGACCAGCUAUGAAUAAUCUGACUGCAUCCCGAUCUGAGUCAAGUUUCGUAGGUGCAAAAAAGUAUUCAACUGCUAAAGUGGCAGUCCAAAUCAUCAAGAAAGAUCGCAGCAAAAAAGUGAUGCAAUCGCACGUAGUUUUAUAUCUAAUAUCUGUUGAUCUUGACAGGUUUCGAAUACAGCGCAAAGGGAAAAUAGCGAGGAAAGUGACAAGGACGAGACGAGGGAUUUUCUCAGAUCGGAGCUUGCGUUGAAGCUCAAAAAUUACGAUCCCAACUGGUUCAAAGUAAUUUCUCGCUGAUUUUGUAUGAAGAAAACAAACGAACCUUUAGGUCAUCACUCAGAAAUCUCCAGAACUCUUUAUAGACUCAAAACAGUAUGACCAGUUCGCCCGGUCUAAGUGAAAUCAUAUCUGUUUCUGGCUAUGAAAAAGCUGCUUUCGCCUCCGAAAAAACUGUCAUUUUCCUAGAGAACGGGUGUGUAAAGUACAUUGAUUUGGCGCAGGAAUCGCCAAAAGUUACAAUAUUAGACGUGCCCGGACGAGCGACAGCCAUGAUUGUCUCCAACGACUUUUCAGUAUUUGCAUUGGCUAUUGAAGAGGAUAAUGUUGCCAAAAUAACUAUAUUCUCAUUAGAAUCUACAACUAUACAAGAGAAAGUUACGCACGGAACACGGUAUUUAGCUACUGAAUUAUGCAUUUCUCAAGCGGCCGAAGUAGGAUUAUACUUUUUACAGAAAAAAACGUUCAUUCUUCCUUUUUCAGAUAAUAUCUUGUUUAUCCGUUCUGGAAGAACGAGUUUUCCUUCAGACCUUUGAUCUACGAGAUGGAAUCAACAACUGCACUGGCAACAUUAUAACGGAGAAGAUUGCAGAAACAUGGGAGACUUCGUUCUGUCCGGCUGAUGAAGGAGUUCUCUGUGCUCUCGGUGGAAGCACGGCCUACUUGUUACGGGCCAGUGGAGGGCAUAUCGAACAUUUCUCUACAAUAUCUUUGCCGGAAGUCACGUGCCAUGAUUGGGCCAACGAUGUAAAUAUCAUUUUUGGUACGAAAUUGGGAUUCUUGCACAUUUAUCGCGAAACUAUCCUUUUGGAUACUGUGAACAUACGAAAACUAACUGAGACGUAAUGCUUUGUGUUAGUUAUUGCAAAAAUCAAUCUGUUUUUGAAGUGUAUUGAACGAUUCUGUUAAUGUUGGCAUAAUAUCGAUUCGGAGCACAACUAGAAGGCUUGCUUGUCAAGCUGAAUCUGGAGUUAUAUUGUUGUUUGAUUCAAGCGUAGAAAGUGGACCGGUUUGGGAGUCCAGCAAAGCUUUCAUUGUAAAAAUACAGCCUAUCAUUUUUUGAUCUAUUAUAAUAACAAAUCAACUUUAGGCUUCUGAUUUCGAACUAAGAUUUUCUCAUACACUUUCCUUCAACUUCUCCGAAGAUCAAUUGCUUUUUGACAGUGGAAAUUCAUUACAAAGCAUACCAAUUCCAUUUUUAUCGCAAGUCAACUCUUUCAAAGGUGACGUGAUAGCCGUGAGGCAUUGCAAGAAGAUCGUUUGUGUCCGAUCAACCGAUUCAAUUGUUGUCACUUUGGAUACACAGGGAUUUGUUGGAGUGUUUUCAAAAACUACAAGGUGAGUAACAUCUUGAUAGACAGUAACGAUAAAAUUCAUAUCAACUUUACUGUUUUCAAAAUUUCUUUCAAAUCUUCAGCCGUGUUCUUUGUUCUGGUUGUAUCAUAGACGCGUUCUUCUUCACAAUCCUUGCAAAAUCACACAAGUUGCUUUUUAUCACCAAAACAAGUGUGGAAUGUUUUACAAUAAUGUUGGAUGAGUUGAAGGCGAAUGAUACACUAUUUGAGAGGAAACUAAUAAUGGUUAGUGUCCAAGUGUCAAAUCGGUAAUUGAAACAAAUCAAUCAAUCUUCUCCAUUUGCGGGCCGCUGUUGAUUCAUACGACAUGUCUACGCUAGCAAUCUUAUAUGAGACUGGAUUCAUUGUUUUUCGCGUCGAAGACCGAUCUAUCUUAAUGUCCGAAGAAGUGACGGUGAAAAAAGUAUUCAACACUUUUGAUAGUUAUAGGGUAAAUUGAUAUUAUACAGGACACAAAGCAAAUGAUGUUUUCCAAAGACAAUAAAUACCUGAUGUUUCUUACAAAAAGUGACAAUGUUUUUUGUGUGGACUUGGCGAAUCGGAAGAUCUUGUGGAGUACUGAUUAUAAAUUGCACUUUUUCCAAUCUAUGGGCUACUCAAAUGCUACCCUACUACUGUUGAAUCAAAAAUUCAUAGUUACUAGGAUAAAGCAUGGAAAGGUAUGUAAAGUGAAUACUGUAAUGAUUUCAUCAACUUAUUCACAUAGGAUUUAUCAAACGUUAAUAUGCACGCUUCCGAUGUUGGAUUUUCCAUAACCUCAGAGUAUAUUGAAGGUUAUUACAGUUUUUAAGCGGAAAAGUAGAACAAUAAUUCUUGACUUUGAGGAAACAAUGAACACGUUUUUGUGUCUGCUGAUAAUGGAGAAUUGUUAUGCGCACAAGCAUCAUCUCUUGAUGAACCUUUUGUCGUCAAGUCAAAAAUCAGAAAAACACGGAUAUCUACGGUAUAUAUGUAUAAUCACUGUUUUGCAUUCCAAACUUCAGAUAAGAGUUUCCGAUGAUGAUUUGAUAAUAGGUUAUGAAAAUGGAAGCGUGGGGAUGUUAAAUUUUAAACAAUCAAGCUUAAAUUCACAAAAUGAAGUGGAAAGCGACGUGAUAUUGUGUGAUUUUAAUAGUGUUGUUAAUUUGGUGAGCGGAUAAUUAGUUCGAAAUUCUAAGUUCGAACGUUACGUUUUUGCAGAAAUCAUUACUGCGAGAUAUAAAUGCUGAGCGAAACUUGAUAAAGGAAACCACUGAAAAGUUUCUGGAAAUGUUCAUUUCAAAAACCAAAACCGACAUGCAACAAAUCAAAGCGGAGUUUGAUGACACCAUGAAAAAAUAUAAGGAUAAAGUUGAGGCAAGCGAUUAAAUGAAUAGAAAAGACUUAUACUGACAAGUUGCAGAAGUUUGAGAAAGAUUUUGAGGAAUCGGAAAUGAUGAAGCAGAAAACUAUUGCAAACUUGAAAGGAUUAUACGAAGAUGAAAAUAGUUACCAGAAGAAGAAAUACGAAAGUAUGAUUGAGGAUCAAAUACGGAAAUCAUUUCGGCAAUUGGACGAGAAGCAACAUGAAGUAUUGUUGCUUUUUAUGAUAGACUGAUGAUAAUUUUUAUAGUUCCGUUCAGAUCAGAGAAGUACGAAAAGAAGCAGAAAAAAAACACAUGGAAAUGACAGUAUCAUUCCAUAUCACCGAAAAACAAUUACACUCUCAAGCGUCAAAGUAUCUCCUGGAAAACGAAAAAGUAGGCGGGGCACUUGAUGGAAGGAGGAGAUGUUUGCAUGAUAAGACGUUUUUUGUUAUAGAAAAAAAGAACUAUACGGCUGAUGAGAAAUGAUCUUGUGGAGGCGCAGAAAAGGAUUGAGAUGCUAAAGUUGAAAGAAGAGAAUAACACGCUGCAGUUGAAAGCAAAACAUAAAGAGGAUGCCGAGAUGUUGGAAGCUGAAAUUUGGUCCCUGAAAGCUAUGGUUAUUAUACAAUUUGGAAUGUUUGCAAGUUGUACAAUCAUAUAUUUUGUAGUGUGCACAGUUGAAUAAGCAACGUGAGGUUGUGGCAGAGGAGAAUGAAAAAAUGGACUCGCUAUUGAAAAUUGCGAAACGACAAUUGGCACAUAUGCGAGAGGAAAAUAUAAGACAAGAGGAUGAUCUGAAAAACGUGAUAAUGCAUUUGAUUGAUUCACAAAUAAUUUACAAUUUCAGUUAACUGAUACGAUAGAAAAAAUGCGUUCCGAACAGUCCAUUUUAAAGAAGAAUUAUGCAGGACUGAAGAAAAAUUCAGUUUCUCAGACGAAACUCUAUAAUCAGACGCUUUAUCAAGUAGUUUUCACUCAAAAUAGGUCAUCGGAAAAGCAAAUUAUUUCAGAACAACUGCUGGAAACGUCGAAUGAUGGAUCUAGAGGCCAGAAUCGAGCAACUUGCAGAAUGUGUCUACGAUCCCAGAAAACUGGAACAUUCUGUGCUGAGCUUGCUGGCGAAAUCACAAAAUAUUGAUAUUGACAAGCGUUAUAAAACUGCUUUAUAAUGUUUUUGUACGAAUCAUUGAGAUGAAUAAAGUUUUUGCAAUGCUUUGUUGAAUUGACCGGAUACGGAAGCCGGUGUUUCAGUGAAAAGUAUAAUAGAUGUAGAAAAAGCGAGUUUUCUAUUUGCAUUCGAAUUUUCCGGAAAAACCGCAAGGAUAUACUGUUCACAAUGAAAAAGAAAAGUAAAAACUGCUUAUUUUUUCUUCUCGUUCCCAAAUGCACUUAUUUAUUCUAUUUCUACUCGAAUCUGCGUUAAUUGGCAUCAGCUUCGGUGAGUUUUUUCUCAAUUCUUCCAUGCAUUCCUGAUCAUUUCCUUUAGCGCAAUGCCCGACAAGUCAGUUGAUUGACGCUGCUUACUUCAGUCAGGAAGUGCCAAAACUUAGAAGUAACGUUAAAUUUGACCUCUUCUAGAAUCCACAACCAAAAAAACAUAAUUGAUUUCUCCAGAAAUGCUUGGUGGGCACACCGAUGUUGACAUCAUAUUUCCGUUCUUCAAGGAAGGUUCUAUUCUUGGAAAUGUCGUAAUACAAUGUACUUGCGACUUAGAAUGUCACGACUUUGAUUCGUUUUUCACGAGAUCCUGUCGGUUAGUUACUAGAAUGUUCUAAAAUGCGUAGUCGAGAUAAGAACUGAGAACUAAAAACCUUUUGAACAAUAGUAACGUGACUGAAUAUCGCCUGAACUGCUAUCAACAUUUAUCAAAUCAUGUUUACAUGUUUGUGAUUUAAUUGAAUCAGAAAUGUUAUGUUGCAAACAAUUAACGAGACAUUUCAUUCAAGUUCGAUGCAAUUUUUUCAGUUGGCAUAACGAGAAAAAUGGAUGUUACGGCAACGGUGAUGAACUUGACUGGAUAAGAAUGCGAGGCGCUUGGGGUCAAGAUGGUGAAAGUGUUUUCAUGAAAACUGAUAAGCCAGGUCAGAAUUGUUCAGAACGUGUUUAACCUAAGCAUCGGUUUUAAUCUCUUCAGAUGGAUUUUUCCUCCUUGUUGGAAUUCAAAAAAAAUUACCAGAACUGUAUUCGGCAAUGCUUGUCAGUGACCCAAUUCAAUGCCAACAGGGAGAUGGCUUAUUGAAAUUCCGCUAUUGGACUUCACCUGGUGUCAAAGUUAGAGUUUGUACACGGUGGGCAAAAUUAGUCUCAUUUAGAUUGAUCAACUAGAUGUUUCUUUAAAGACCACCUUCAAUGGGACGGAAAUAUUCAUGGUGUAGUGAAAGUGUGAAGAGGAAAAAUAGCAAAAAUGCAAUCGUGGUGAUUCCCGGAAGCAUUCUCAAUAUGUUUGAGGCAAGUACUUUCAAGGGCCUAAUGAAUGUUCUGAUUUGAUUCUUUUUGCAGAUAGUAAUCGAAGCAUAUGGCUUUACGCUAGAUGCAUUUGGUGCUCAAGGUGGGGCCGCUGCCCUAGACGAUAUUUCUUAUAAUGCCACUGCUAUUUAUGAAUGUCAGAUGUGUAUGCGAACACAAACACUUUCAUUUGAAAAAUUCUCCAGCUAAUUUCAGUACCGCAUAUCCCCAAACUGUUAAACAUUACAAAAACAGUCUGCGAUGGUGUAAAAUGUGAUUUUGAUUCUGGAACAUGUUUGGAAAAACUUGGAAAGAAAUGGCAAAUAAGUGAUGAAGCUGUCGGACCCAAACUCACUGGGAUUCUGAACAACCUCGGUUAGUUGAAAAAAUUAACGAUUUUAUCAAUGCAAAUUAUUGCUUUUGUAUUGUAGAUGGAGAUUUUGGAUAUAUUCAAGGUCCUGGAGAUGCCUCUUUUACGACAGGAAAACUGAUGAUUCCUCGUACAUAUGGCUUGCAGUUUUGUUUUUUCUCAAUGUCUCACGGAACUACAUUUGAGGUUGUUUUAUGGUCACUAGAAUCAAAGGAUAAAAUAAUGUGAGUUUUGAAAUUAAAUGAUAGUCAUCUGAAAGUUAAUUUUGAGUUUAUACGCCUCUGAUCCUUUUGAUAAAUUUUCUAAAACAUGGCAAUGCAAACGAGUAUUCCUUUCUGUCAAUGGAACCGUAAGUUUUCUGUACUUUUCCAGUUCAGUCUCCGAUUAUUAGAUUGAAUUCUCGGUGAAGAACAUGCGGAACAAGUAUUCAUACUUUGGCCUGGAUCAAAUUGAUGUUUUCGACCCGACGACGAAUUUGAGUGCAUGUGACCUCUGA